ACAUCGCGAGCCGACGGCCUGCUCGGCGGCGGCGGCGACCGGGCCAGUCCAUCCAUUCAGCCACGUUCGAGCCCGGCCCAGACCCGAACCCCACCUCCCCGGGUGGCUGGCUGGGACUACAAAACGGCCGCAAAGCCCAAGCCACACCUCGUAUCCCCCACUCCCCCACCACUCUCACUCUACUCAUCCUCUUCCUCGCCGCCUCCCUCCCCAUCGAACCAGCGCUGCAGGGCGGCGCCAUGAAGCGAACCAGGGCGCACAACCCCAAGUUCCAGGACCCGCAGGACCCCUCCUCCGCCGCCGCCUUGGCCACCACCACCCCGACCACCAAGCAGCAGCGCAAGGCAAAGCAGCCGAGGCAGCCCAAGGCGGCCGCCACGGGCGGCAAGAAGACCUCCUCCGCCGCCGCAGCGCGCGAGGCUGCCGCGGCUGCUACCGCCGCCUGCGCCUCCGCGGCGUCCGUCGAACCGGAGAUGGCGCCCGUCGUCCCCGACGUCUGCGGCGGCGGAGGAGUACACGAGGCGGCGGCGGGCGGCCUGCCGGCGGACUGGGACGAGAUGGACGGCGCCAACGUCUCGCCCUGGUGGACCUUCGGGGUCGAGGACGAGAAGCUGCUCGGCUGGUUCCCCUUCGUCGAGGAGGACUUCGGCGGCGGGAGCCAGUACCACGCCGGCCUAGGCGGCGCCCGCGAGCCCGAACCGGCCGGGUUCGACGACGACAUCUGGAGGAUCCACCAAAUCUACGAGAUCCCGAGCUACGCUGCCAAGUGAGCCGAUUGACAACGCGUCUACCAAUGUGUCGGCACAAGUUAGAUUAGCGGGGCAGCUGCUGGUUGCUUCGCAUCUUGCUCGGGCAGUACAGGAAGGGAAUGGGGAACCCACUAAUCCAGGCUUAAUUCAUCAUGUAGGGGAGUCUGUAGCCACUAGCAGUUUUAACGCGAUGUUUAUGCAAAGUUGCAACCAAAUGUUGGUACAUGAGGGGAAGGGGGAUGGAGAACCGACUAAUCGACCUUGUAGCUACUAGUUUUAA